UUCCCAACAGAUGAGCUCCCGCGAGGCACUUGAGUCAAGCUGAGGCGCGUUUGGCUCUCAGUCGCAGCAACCGGCACAUUAUUUGUUGUCUUUGUCGCCGCUUUUGGAAAUCAUUUGCCAUAAAUGGCUUCACCGUGUUGUUUCCUCUUGUGAUCAUUUUCAUUUUAAACCGUUUGGCCAAGAUGGAAUUCCUAGAAAGCCUUUUCUGAUGGCUCGUAAUCGCUUAGCGCGCAUUUUGCAUCAGACUUGAUCGGAAAUAAAACGACUUUUACGCACAAGGAUGGGUUCGGAGAGGCCGAACUUUCUGUCCCAACCGGUGGUGAAGAACAUCUUCAUGUUCCGCAAUGGUGACCCUUACUACGAAGCCCGCAGACUCGUGAUUAACCAGAAGAGAGUGAGCAACUUUGAGAUUUUACUGAGGGAGGUGACGGGGGGCAUCCAGGCGCCCUUUGGAGCCGUCAGGAACAUCUACACCCCGCGUGGGGGGCAUCAAGUGGACUGCCUGGAUAAACUUCAGAAUGGGGAGCGAUACGUGGCUGCUGGGAGAGAGAGAUUUAAAAAGUUAGAUUAUUUACAGAUCAGCUCUAGAAAGAGAAGGCUGUUACAGUCUCUUCCACUGCAGGCCAAACCACUUCCCCCAAAUCGAAUUUCUGUGUCCGCUAGGUUCUUGGAACCAAUUAAGGAACCGUGUCCAAUAUUUGUGGUGGCAAACGGGGACACUCUGAACCCUGCAAUAAGGCUGCUCAUCCACCAGAGGCUGCUGUGCCAGUUUGAGAGGAUCCUACAGAUGAUCACAGAGAAGAUGGGUUUGAGAGUCCUCGGCGGUGUGAGAAGUCUUUACACUUAUGAAGGCCAGCAGGUGACUGAUGGCCCUCAGCUGGAGAGCGGUCAGCUUUACGUGGCCGUGGGCAGAGAGAGAUUUAAGAAGCUCUCCUACACCGACCUGCUGUUCAGCAAACCUCGAGGGGCACGGCGGGUCAAUGGGAUGAAAAUGGGCACUCUGCCACCAAUCGACAGAUCCCCAAAACAAAAUGAAAAUAGAAAGUCAGCGGUCCAGAGCACUGAGAGUGGCGAUGGCGAGUCGAAGGCCUCGCCUCCAAACCACAAUGGCGGCAGCAGGGAGAACCUGUCCUCCAUCGUCAGGGAGAUUUCUCAGGCCAGACUCCUCUCUCUCAGGUUGAAGAGGAGUGGACAGAGCAUGACUCUCUGUGACAAUGAUGACUUAGAUUCCAAAACUGAUGAUGGAAAUGCUGAUGUUAAAUCCCCGGACCAGUCAACUCAAGAGGACCUUGCAUCAGAUGAUACCAAAUCAUCAGAGGAGAAUGGCGAAAAGGCUGAAGAGAAGGACGAGGCCCCUGUUGAAAAUACCGCCAAAAAUGACGCUUCAGUCAGCCAAGAACAAAAGGCAGAUAGGGAGACAAACAGUUUCACAAGAGGAGGUGCAGAAGAGGAAAAUGAAGCAGCAAAGAAUGAAAAUGAAUGUGAAGCAACGGCAGUGUCUGAAGAGCAGGCAGAGGACGUAAAAGAAGUGAAAGACGAACUCGUGGAUGCAAGUAAGGGGGCCUCGAAUGAGAAUUGGGCGACGCCAGAUGAGAGUUGGAGUGAGGAAAAGAAGGUUGCAGAGGAGAGUGAGGCGGCGGCAAAUGUCAGUAAGAAUGUUUCAGAUGACAACGAGGAUGAGAUUUCAGACGGACAAAAGGAGGAGAACCCCGAUGAGUGUAAGGGGGAAGUCGCUAAUGAGAGUAAAGACGAGGUUGCCGACGGCAGAAGGGUUGAGCUCACAGAUAAGGUUUCAGAUGAGAGUGAGGAUGACGGCGGAGAGGACUUUGCCGAUGAGAGCAAGGAUCAGGGGACCGAUGAGAGGAAGGCUGAAGUUGGAGAUGAGGUUGCCAAUGAGAGGAAGAAUGAGGAUGCCAACGAGCGUACCGGUGAGAGGACGGAUGAAGGUACCAAUGAGAAUAAGGACGAGGUUGCCAAUGGGAGUAGGGAGGAGGUUACCGAUAAGGCUCCAAAUGAGAGUAACGAAGAGGUUGCAAAUGAGAGUAGGGAGGAGGUUGCAGAUGAGGCUAAGGAUGAGACUCCAGCUGAGAAUAAUUCAGUUACAUCUUCUGCAGGUGACCAAAUAACUGGGCAUUCAAACAACAUAAAUGGAGAUACCGAAGAAGGUCAAAAGGAGGGAAAUGAUGCCAAAGGCAGCCUUGAUAUCCAGGACAGUGGUAAUGAUUAGAAAGAAAAACAAUGAUGUAGUCUGAUAAUUAGACCAAAGAAACGAUGAUAGGAGUACCAAUAUUUAGGAAACAGAGCUGAGGACCAAAUUUCAAUCUCAAGAUUCCACAUCAAAUAGAGAUCAAGUGUAUGAAGUUUUGGGAUCGACAUAAAACCAGUAAGGAAAAGGAGGAAAACUCACAAAAGACAUCAGAUUCGUUUUAUAAAAGGAUUCAACAUUUUACAAGAAAGAAACACAAAACAUUAGAUCUUGGAGUAGCUUCUCGACUGAAAACCAUUCAAAUUUAUUUAACAUCAAAUAUGUCUUCAUUGUAGCGGCGUAGCAUUGCAGUGAAAUAUUCAACUUUCUGUUCAUGUAUCAAGGGUAAACUUGUGUUGGAUUAAUGAGGAAUUAAAACUGAUUAACAAACUAUACAAUGACACUGUACGCAUGAAACAUUUGCGCUACAUGACUGUAUGAUAAUGUCAUCUGAAUGCAUUCUUAUUAAAACCGUUAAACCAGGUUGUCUAGUUUCAUCCCAAUGUGAUUUUAUGGACGACGUCAGUAAACAUUGACGGUUGGUUGGAUGUGGAACCUGGUUACCACAAUGGACUGCAGUUGGUCAAUAACCAUUGUUAUUUCCCCUCGAGAAUAACUACGACAUGAUUGGAAAAGCUUUGUGCUAGCGCUUCAAGAGAGUCAAAAGACAUUUUAAGUUUUCAAGGCCCCACAUUAAACAUGUUUGAAGUGAUUUUCAAAUGACGGAAAACUCCAGUACUUACAUUUGUGCCAGCGUCGUUUUCAAGACUGAGCGGUGAGACUCUUGAGAAAAAAUGUGUCAUGGUCUGUUUUUGUGUAGAUUAUACGGUAUUUUGUUUUGUUUCAUGUUUUGUCUUGUUUUCCUGAGUCCCAUGUUCUUGUCUUGCUGGUUCUGGUUAGCCCUCUUCCUCGAGUCUACCAAUCAGCUCCCUCCAGUCACUCGUGUCUUGUCCAGGUGUGCCUCGUUGUCUGGUCAGCUUGUAUUCAGUUCCCUGGUUUCUUUCAGUCUGUGUCUGUUCAUUGAUGUAGUUGUGAGCUGUGUUAAUCGUGUUUACUUUUGUGGUGAGUUUAUUCCCUCAGUUUUUCUUUUUUCUUCUUCUUUUGUUACUUUGAGCCUUGUUUUUCUGGACUUUGAUGAUUUAAUGUUUUGAUUUCAAUGGAUUCCCUGCUGGACCUUUUUUGGUUUUAUAAUUUGGAUUUUAUUUUUUUCCCGCCUUGCCUCCCUGUUUCCCUUCAGCUUUUUGCCUUCAUCACGAAAACCUUCAUUCGUCACAUGAGAACAUUCAAAUUAGGACACACUUUUCAAAUUUGGGCAUAGUUGUUGUGGUUUUCCCACCUCAAAGAGUUAGUAAAUAUUGAUAUAUUUAUUUUGCUAACAUUUAUUUGACUUUUUUUUUUUUUUUUAACCACUGUUUAUGUACAAACAGUUGCUACAUAGUUUUUUUUUUGUUUGUUUGUUUUUAAUGUUUAACCUCAUCAUCAUUAUGUGAGCAAUAUAAUAAUUAAGUGUACUGCUGCCCUUAAUGAUGAAUUUGCAUUUCACAGUGUGUUACAUCAAGGUCAUUUGCAUAUAUAAAUUUGCUGCCCUUUUGGGCAUGAAAAAUGUUCAUGUUAUUGUAACUUGUGGAAAGAUGCAGACACGCCAAGCACAUUCUUUAUUCCCUAAUCAGACGCAACAACCUUCCCCAAAUGCACUCAAUGGAAGGGUGUUAAUUAAUGACCUCCAUUGUGCAAUUAAACUUGCUUUAUUAUUCCCAUCACAUGAAUUAAUAUAAUAUGAUAUGGAGGAAAUUAUAUAUUUGUUUAAAUGACUGGUUGCCUUGUAAUCCAACGAAACAUUGCUGACAUAGAAUGGAAUACAAUUGUAUUAUUAGGUUGUAUGCGGGUGAUGGCUUCACUUUCUCUCAUCAGCAAGUUUUCUUGAUUUGGCAUCCAUACAAUAUAAGACUCCAAGUGUGUGUGAGUCAUGAGUGUGCAGGUGUGUGUGUGUGUGUGUGUGUGUGUGUGGUGAUGGUUGUGUCUCCAUGACUCACUUCUGACCGCUCAAGGUGAUCGUCCUCUGGGUGCUAUUUCUGGAUCUGUCAUUAAUUUCCUCCUAUCUGGUCCAGUCGUCCCCUUUCAGUGUGUGCACAUGUGGGUGUAUUAAUGAGGCCUCAAAGAGCACACUUAUCAUCCCAUACAUCGACUUUCUAACUGACCCUGCUGAUGGAUUACAGUGAACACUGUACUCUACACUAAUUAAAGCAGCUCACGUACAUCAUGUUAGAGUUGUACUCGUAAAAGUAAAAUAAUUGUAAAGUUGGUUUAAAUAAUAUAUAAACAGAGAGAGAGAGAGAGAGCAAAGUUUUCCAAUUUUAUAAU